AUGGCAGUAUUAGCAUAUUGUGCCCUGCAGGAUCAGGAAUCAAUUGAGAAGCAUUAUGAAGAGUUCAAGGUGUUGCCCUGGCCUCCAAAUUCCCCAGAUCUCAAUCCGAUUGAGCAUUUAUGGGAUGUGCUGGAUCAACAAAUUCGAUCCACAGUGGCUUUGGUUCCCAGGGAAAGUACUUCAGCACAGGAGAGUGCUGCGAGAAGUGUGACCGUUCCUGUGAGCAGUGCUCGGGCCCAGGGCCAGACGCCUGCAGGGUGUGCACACCUCCUCUGCUGGACCUGCAGGGCACCAGGUAGUGUGUGGAUCAAUGUCCGCAGCACUUUUAUGAGAGCAAGCACAGCUGCAGACAGUGCCACACCAGCUGCAAAUCCUACACAGAUAACACUCCUCAGGGCUGUGUGGGAUGAGGUGAAGAGAGCUGAUGUUACUUACAGGCAAGUCAACAGAGCUGCAAAAUACACAAGCUGCUCGUUUCUGGAAAGUUAUAAUCUUAAAGACCUGAAAAUGAGGUUUAAAUAUCAGAGGAUUCUGAAAAUGAUCUUCAUCCUAUCAGUGUCCCUCUUCUUGCUGAAUUAUCCAGGACGAAAAACAAACUCUCUUCAUAAGGAAGAGCUGGACUUGAAUUACUUACUAAAGCAGGAUGUUGGAGAACUACAGGCUUGUUCUGCUAUUAUCCAAGGAGACCUGGAUGGAGUGGACAAGGAUGUUUUCAGGAAGCUCCUGGCCUCUAAAAAAAGAAAAACUUUGCUAUCAGAGUCAUUCUACCUCAACGCAACCAAGGAUUGUCCAUCCUACCUCCGAGACAGAGGAUUUCUGACGGUUUCUCUCAGUAAAGAGGAGAAAGUUUUCCCCAUUGCUUACUCCAUGGUGAUACAUGAGAAGAUCGAGAUGUUUGAAAGGCUCCUGAGAGCCAUUUACACUCCUCACAAUGUGUACUGUGUUCACGUGGACCAGAAGUCUCCUGAGAUCUUUAAAGAAGCAGUAAGGGCCAUUACGUCCUGCCUGACCAAUGUGUUUGUGGCCAGCAAACUGGAGCAUGUGAUCUACGCCUCUUGGUCUCGAGUUCAAGCGGACAUCAACUGCAUGCAGGAUCUGCUCAAGUCACCUGUCCAGUGGAAGUAUCUGCUCAACACAUGUGGCACUGAUUUCCCCAUUAAAACCAAUGCAGAAAUGGUUCAGUCUCUAAAACUCCUGAAUGGAAAGAACAGUCUGGAGUCUGAGGCCGUAGAGGCCAAAAAGGGCCGCUGGCAAUAUCAUCACAACGUUACCAAUGUUGUGAAGAAGACCAAUGUUAAAAAGUCGCCUCCACCAAUAAAGACCCCAAUGUUCUCAGGAAAUGCUUACUUUGUGGUUUCAAGAGAGUUUGUGGAGCAUAUCUUCAAAAGCAAAGAGAUUCAAGAUUUCAUGGAAUGGGAGAAAGACACGUACAGUCCAGAUGAGCACAUGUGGGCUACAUUACAGCGAAUGCCUUCAGUUCCAGGAUCUAAUCCUCCAAACAUCAAGUAUGAACAAUCGGACAUGAAUUCAAUUGCUCGUCUGGUGAAGUGGAGCUACUUUGAAGGAGAACUGAAGAAUGGGGCUCCCUACCCACCAUGCACUGGGAUGCACAGACGGGCAGUGUGUGUCUAUGGAGCUGGGGACUUGAAAUGGAUUGUACAGCAACACCAUCUUUUGGCAAACAAGUUUGACCCAGAAGUAGACGAAGUAGCAAUCAAAUGUAUGGAGGCUUUUGUAAGGUACAAAGCUAUUUAUGGUCAUUCAUUACUAACAGUAAAAAAAUCUGACAUUAUUUUAUGA